CUAAGCUAAAGGAACAACAUUGUAAAUUCGUCUUUUCUUAAACAUGUUUUCGCGAGUAGUAAUAAAAGAAAAUACGAAAAUUUUUUACAGCAGAUAUAAAUUAUUUGAACUAUCAGUGUUAAUUACUUAACAAAUUUUUUUUCAAUUUUUGAUUCAUUAGAAAAUUAUUACCAUUUUUUGUUAAUUUAUUUGUUUUGUAUUUUUUUUUCAUUUUUGUCGUUUUUUUUUAAAAGUGUAAUUUUUUUGUAAUUGAAAUAAUUUUUAGAAAAAUGGAAGCUAUUCGUGGCCUUUUCGUUCUUCUUGUAGCCGUCACCGCGAUUGAUGCGUCUGUAGUGACAAAUCUCUAUAAACUGACCAAAGUUCCAGGAAGGACUCCAAAUAGACGUGUGCCUUUACAAGGAGAAUGGAUCAAUAUUAGUAUGAGAAGUGAUCCAGUUCUCACAGUUCCUACCGGUACAGCAGUCGAAUUAGAGUGUGAGGCUGUUGGAAGCCCACCUCCGAGCAUAAAAUGGCACCACGGAAGUAAUCAAGUGACUGAGGCUGAAAUCAUCGAACAAAACGAGGUGGUCAACACCGCUAUCGGUAAAGUCAGAUCGCGUCUUGUUAUCGAUUGUGCAACGUCUCACCACCAAGGAAUGUACUCUUGUUCCGGUACUUCGGGUGCCAAAUCGAAGAAUUCUUCACCUACCUCAAUUUUAAUCGAAGCCGACAGCGUGGCUAGCACCGAGUGUCAGCCAAAUGCUCAAAAAAGCCCUCGUAUUACCGUAUGGGGACCAACCAUGCUAGAAGUUAUCGAUAAAGAUGUCACUUUACAAUGUUCCGCUGUCGGAAAUCCUAAACCAGAGAUUUACUGGUUAAACAAUAAAAACCAAGUUCUUGAUACUGAUCUAGUAUCUCCUCACUACAAAGUGCUGAGUAACGGAGAUUUAAUCAUCAAUCAAAUCACUUGGGAUGAUAUGGGUACAUACACCUGCAUAGCUCAAAAUUCUCUCGGUCAAGAUAAAAUUGAAAGCUUCAUCUACCCUGUCAAAAAAGAAUCGAGUACUCAAUCUUAAAUGAAUGAUCGGAAAAAUGGUUUCUCUAAAGUUGAAUGUUGUUCAGAUCAAUUACAACUGUACAGUAUGCUGAUCGCAAAUCAACUCGGAGAUAGCAGACUUACGCUACUUUUUUAUGAUUUAAUUUAUUGUUUGAUAUUUCAAUGUAAAAAUAUUUUCUCACUUAAUUUAAUGUAUUUAUAAAUGCAUUGUUUUUGAAUUCGCUAAAUAAAACAGAAAUAUUUUCUGGUUUGUCUGUUAA